UGUACUGAUUUAUUCUCAAAUUAGAAGGCCCAGUUCCUAUGCACGCUGCCACCUAUCUGGUAGGCGGAUCAAGAGGUAAAAUUAAACUAUGACGUGAGAGCGUUAAACUGAGGCGAGGAAUCGCUCCAUGAUAAAAGUUUGAUAAGGAACCAUGCAGGUAUUUAUUAUGAAAACCACGUGUUUCCUACGCACCUGUAGUUUACGGUGACACUUUAAGCCCCUCACUGACAAGCGUGCAGAAGAUAUAACAUGGAGGAGGCAGGGGGAGUGGGAUCUCUUAAGGAGGAAUUUCGACUGAGGAAGCUAGGAUUUCAGUAUCCCCACCCACAACACUUCUACACGGGCCAGUGGCGGUGGCCAGCAUGGGUUUACAUCAUCAUCCGGGUCUUUUUAUCUGUGUACACCGCUGGAGCACUCAUCGCCAUUUUUGCGAUGGAACCCAGCUACACAAUUCUGCGUUUCCUAACAAUAUGGACGUACCUCGUUCUAACUCUUCAUUUCAUUGUAACGGCCAUUAUUACUAUUUAUCAUCAUUUUCAAAGGAACAAAACUGUUACCAACAAGAAGCAACAUGAAUGCGACUGUACAAGUCGAGAAAACCCAGGAUUUGUAGACGAGGAAAAUCCAAAACCUAAAGAGGACCAAAAAAGAGGAUCGAAAAAUCCUGGGAAUGAGCUGCACGACAAUAUCACGUGGUACAUGAAACUGUCAUGGCUGCUCUCUGAUAUAGUGCACAUGUUUUCGAUUAUUGUGACAAUCAUCUACUUUAGCGCCAUCUACCCUACUUUAACUGUUACUGAAUCUCAACUCUUUAACGACUUAAACGUGCAUGCGUUUAACACGUUGUUUGUUUUGAUUGAUAUCGCAAUCUGCGCACGACCAGUCCGUUUUUUACAUUUGCUGUAUCCUAUCGUUUACGGGCUGGUGUAUACUGCGUUCAGUGUUGUGUUGUAUGCGGCUUCAGGGACCGUCAUUUACAAUGUCCUGGACUACAAUCAGCCUCUUUAUCCCAGUAUAACCGUGCCGGGCUUGUGUUUCAUUGUAAUCCCACUUUUACAGUUGGCCUUUUUUGGCAUUUACGUAUUAAAACUAUAUAUAUUUUCUAAAGUAUAUAAAUUUUGAACAAUUUUUAUUAAACUUGCGAA